AUGACCUACGAAGUCAUUGACUCUUCACCCACGUCGACAAUGGUCCACAAACCCGUCGACUCCCUCCCCUCAUGGCCACUCACUCCUCCCGACCCUCCACCCCCCACCUCUUCCACCACGAACGAUGUAUCCUCCGUCGUCACGGCAAUCCAUGUGAUGGCCACCGAACGGGCUGCGCUCGCACAUCUUGAACGCCUCUACCAGACAGAUGCGCGAGCGCAGCAGGGCCUCGCGCGUGCUGUGGACCUUAUUGCACGCAGUGUGCGCGAAGCCGGUAAAUUGGUGGUCUGCGGGGUCGGGAAGAGUGGGAAGAUUGGACGGAAGAUCGAGGCAACAAUGAACAGUCUGGGUAUAUACAGUGCUUUUCUUCAUCCGACGGAAGCAUUGCAUGGGGAUCUGGGUUUAGUUCGUCCGAACGAUACGAUUCUACUCAUCUCAUUUUCUGGUCGCUCGCCCGAACUUUUGUCAUUGCUGCCGCAUCUUCCCGCCACAGUUCCUGUCAUCGCUUUGACCUCGCAUACGGAUUCGUCAGCGUGUCCGUUACUCUCUUUGCAUAGCCCGUCCGGCAUGGGCGUUCUUCUACCAGCUCCCAUUCACGAAGAUGAGGAGGCUUCUCUAGGAGUCAGCGCACCGACUUCUUCGACGACUGUAGCUCUGUGUCUCGGAGACGCUCUCGCUAUUGCGGUUGCGCGCAAGUUACACACUGCACCCGGCAGAGGCCCUGCGGACGUCUUCCGCAGCUUCCAUCCAGGUGGUGCUAUUGGCGCCGCUGCUGCUGCUGCCGCAAGUGGCACACCACUAACUACGCCCUCGAGCUGCGUCUCCUCAACUACAUUCGAUUCACCAUCUUCAUCAAUCUCAUUACCAUGGGAGGACCUUAAUGGGAGCUCGUCUAUCCCUCCUUUCACUCUUCAAUCACCGCCUGAGCAUCGCCGCAUUCCUCUAGACAAACUGGUCCCACUUGAUCAAAUCCCUACAGUUAGAGCAUCUACAUCUGACUCACCUAGCGAGGUUCGGUUACUCGAUAUCCUCCUUACAGCCAUUCAGCACCCAAAUGCCAAAUCAUGGGUAUUCAUAUCUCCAUCUCACAUUGUCCCGCCGCGGCGGAUUCGUUCUCUGUUGUCACGGCAUACAGACGUCGAUAUACGCGUCUCUGACGCUGUGACUAAGGACAACCAGCCUCUUGCCGUGCAUAAAGACAACUGGCUUUGGGUGCCGGAGUGGACUCUACUUUCCGAUGUCCGCAAGCUUGUUCUUGCGUCCCAGGAAGGACCAAACCCACUGUCGAUCGUUGCGGUUUCGAAAGAUCAAUCAUGGUCUGGCUGUGUAGGGGUAAUGGAAGCCGAGGAGCUCUGCGAUGGAUGA